CAUCCACCCUCAUUCUUAACGCACUUCUCUUUCUCUCUCUCAUUUUAGGAACAAUUGGCAUGCUGAUCUUGUAAUUUGAGUGAUUCUAGUUUGCCCUCGUCUUGUAAAAUGGAGUCUAUCAGAACGAGAUUUCUAAUUGGGUUCCUGUUUGUGAUGCUGCUGACGUUUCUUAGCUCGUCUCAAGCUUACACAUUCUUCGUUGGUGGCAAAGAUGGCUGGGUUUUAAACCCUCCUGAGAACUACAACCACUGGGCUGAACGAAAUAGGUUUCAAGUCAACGAUACUCUCUUUUUCAAAUACAAGAAAGGAUCUGAUUCAGUCUUGGUCGUCACAAAGGACCGUUACCAUUCAUGCGACAACACGAAUCCUAUACAGUCUUUCACAGAAGGCGAUUCAGUCUUCAAGUUUGAUCGUUCCGGCCCAUUUUACUUCAUCUCCGGCAAAGGUGACCAUUGCCAAAAGGGUCAGAAACUCGUCGUCGUCGUCUUGGCCGUGCGGAACAAAACUCGCCACGCUCCUUCUCCUUCUCCUUCUCCGGCCGCUGACACUCCAACAUUGCCUCCUACGGCACCAACCCCGGAAGGGGAGUCAUCGCAUAGUGGGGCUCCAGCGCCUGAUCAGAGUCCGUCAGAUAUUCGGGAUGCUCCAGCACCACUUCCAUCGGGAAAAUCUGGUGCAGUAGCAGGUUGUAGAGUUUUUUCAGUUGGGUUGGCUUUGGUUAUCAGUAUUGGGGUGAAUGUUGUUUUGAGAAGCUUUGUCAUGUGAAUCGUAUAGAGGUAUAUAUAAUAUAAUUAUUGGAGUCACAAUAGAAGAAAUCUGAUUUUGUUUGGA